CAUUCAUUAUCAAAACUACACUUAUCGUAUACUUUCAUCAUCUUUUACAUAUAAUUCUCGUGGAUCAUAUCUUAAUUUUGCUUAUUUCAAUGUUGAACAACGUAAUCGAGUAUUAUAUAUCGAUUUUUUAUAUGAUAUACCUGUUUCAUCUCAAUGGCAAUCGGAUGGACAUCUUUAUCCAAUACAAAUUGCUCAAUAUGGCUUAAGUCAUUGGAGUCGAUUAGAACUGAAUUCAAAAAAACAACAAAAUAAAAUAUAUAAAUUCGAACGACUACACCCAAAGGAAAAUAAUUAUUGUUCAUCAUGGCAUAGAAUGAAAGAUGAAAUAUUGCUUUCGAAUACAUAUAUUCAUUUUACAAUUUCAUCAAAUUCUUCAUUACAUUUCCAUUUUUUCAAUAAUAAUAUUGAACUUGUUUGUUCAACGAAAACAAUUCAUGAUUUAGAAACUUUAACAAAGAAAAUUAUUCAACUUAAGGGUUCUCCUCGUCAAGUCAAUCGAUAUAUGCUAAUUGACAUAGAAAAACUCAUGCAAAAAACACCUUUUUUCAGACAUGAUUUCAUCAAAAUUCAAAUUUGUGGUGAUACACAAUCUAGUGUUGAUCAAUUAAUUAUUGGUAAUCAAACUUUGUAUGAUCAACAAGCUUUUUAUUCAGCAACACGAUGGUUAUUAAAUAAUCAAGAUUUACAAACAGGUUGUUGGUUUAUUCAUGUUCAACGAAACUAUGCUCAUCAUACUCACUAUCAUUUACGAAAUCCAUGGUGUUCAGCAAUGGCACAAGGUCAAGCUGCAUCAUUACUCGUUCGUCUAUAUUCACUAACAAAUAAUAAGGAACAUUUGUUAGCUAUUCGUCGAGCUAUUCAACCUUUAUGGUCAUCAAAUCUGACUCGAGCUUAUUUUAACAAUCGUUUUGUUUGGCUUGAAGAAUAUCCAUUAGAAUCAGCAACGAAAGGUCUUUUUGUUCUUAAUGGAUGUCUUUAUGCUUUAAUUGGUAUCAUCGAUGCUAAUACAAUUGAUUAUCAACCAUAUUUAUCUGAAUUAAUAAAUCAAA